GAUCAAGAAAUGACUCAAACACUUGCUAUAAAGUUCUGAUCCAUUUGAUGAUUCUACAUAACCUUGUUCCGUGUAUGUUUGGUAAAGAUAUCGGAGGUACAUCUUUAACUUCAUAUUUUUCAAGAAAUUUGACAAAAAGUGUUGAAAGUAAGUACUGAUUGACCAUGGAGAUAAUCAGUGUGAUAAUAUUUUGUGUGAUUCUGUAUGUGUUGUGGAAUUGUUGUGGAGGAGGUAGCAACAGUAAAAGAUCUUCAGCUUCAAAAUCAAGGGAGACAACUGGUGCAAAAGGUGCUCAGAGUAACCUGUAUCCAGACCUCAGUCAACUCCAGAACAACAGUUUAUUUCGUAUGUUUAAUGGCAAUAGCUUUGAUUCCAUCCUUGACAAGUUCAGCACGCUCGAAGAGGUUCAGACUGCAAUACGAAAAGCUGGGCUUGAAUCCUGCAAUCUCAUAUUUGGAGUUGAUUACACUGCCAGUAAUCUACAACAAGGCAUAGAGUCCUUCAACGGCAGAUCCUUGCAUGACACUCGCUCAGGAACACCGAAUCCUUAUCAAAGAGUCAUUUGUAUUCUUGGAGAAACACUGGAACCAUUUGAUGAAGACGGAAUUAUUCCAGCCUUUGGGUUUGGUGAUAUCUCAACCAGAGAUAAUGGAGUCUUUUCUUUUCGAUCAGAAGGUUAUUGCCAUGGAUUUCAUGAUGUACUUGAAGCGUACAAUCAGAUUACUCCUAAUGUAAGAAUGAGUGGUCCAACAAACUUCGCACCCCUCAUACGUCAAGCUAUCGACAUCGUGAAGAAAACGAAAUCUUAUCAUAUCCUGGUGAUUGUUGCUGAUGGUCAGGUUACCAACGAGUCCGACACAAUCAACGCAAUUGUCGAAGCUUCUAGAUGGCCCCUUUCGAUUGUGAUGGUCGGAGUUGGUGAUGGACCGUGGGAAGUCAUGAAAGAAUUUGAUGACAGAAUUCCUCAAAGGAAAUUUGAUAACUUUCAAUUUGUAGAAUUUAAUAGUGUGAUGACUUCGUCAAGGAAUCCCCAGGCAGCAUUUGCACUCCAAGCUUUGAUGGAGAUACCAGACCAGUACAGAUUGAUACAGAAACAUGGACUGCUCAAGUUUUAAAGAUUUGAUGUGACUUUUCUUGUGUAUGACUGUUGGAUGGCAAUUUUUUAUUUUUGUACUAUGGCGUGAUCUUAUGGAGUUAUUAUGAGACUGCAAAAUCAUUUAUUUUCAUGGGCCUCAAUUUUCAAUUUUUUCCAAUAGAUAAAUUUUUCAUGGACACUUGAUUUCAAGAAAAAAUACACCCUUAUAUGGUCUACUAACACUAAUUUCAACAACAUGUACAUUUAUAUGUAUUUGUAGACGAUAAGUACCCAUAAAAAAAUUUAAACUCCCGUUAAAAUGGAUGAUUUUACAGUAAAAUGUAUUUAAUUUUUCGUCAAUGUGAAAGUUGAUUCAAUCAAGAUGUGCCUCUCUUUUCAGAAUACUUGUUUGUACGACGUGUUUUUGGGAAAAAAUAUUUUAUUUUCAUACUCUUUCAUAAAUAAUUGUCGAUGGAGAACACAAAGUCAUUCUAUAAUUUUUUCAUCUAAAUAUACUGUACACCAGAUUUCACAUUUUAACUCAGAUUGACAUGUCACUGUUAACAUACUUUUAGGGGUAAACUGAUUUUCAUGCUGAAACAUGAUGGAGCUAGUUGUCGCCUCUAUACACUGUUGAUAAAUUGCAGUUAUUUCUGAUGCAUGAAUUCAUCAUUGCACUAAUUUGCAUUUAAAGUGAUAACACACUAAAAUUUGGUUGAACUAAAUGAAGUUUAUGAAUGUUUAAACAUUGAUACACCUUGAGGUCACUGUGACCUACUUUUCAUACUGAAUUUGUUGUAUUUUGUUAUGUUUCAGUGGUCAUUAUAUGAAAUCAAUUACUUAAUUUAUUCUGUGCUUGUGAUUUUGUUUAAAUAUCUUUGUUUAGCUUUGUAGAUAUUUGUAUCGUCAGACCAUAAUUCCAUAGACUUUUUCAUUGUCUGACCUUACCUCCAUAGACUUUUCCAUUGUCUGACCUUAGCUCCAUAGACUUUUCCAUUGUCUGACCUUAGCUCCAUAGACUUUUCCAUUGUCAGACCUUACCUCCAUAGACUUUUCCAUUGUCUGACCUUACCUCCAUAGACUUUUCCAUUGUCAGACCUUACCUCCAUAGACUUUUCCAUUGUCUGACCUUAGCUCCAUAGACUUUUCCAUUGUCAGACCAUACCUCCAUAGACUUUUUCUUUGUCUGACCUUACCUCCAUAGACUUUUCCAUUGUCAGACCUUACCUCCAUAGACUUUUCCAUUGUCAGACCUUACCUCCAUAGACUUUUCCAUUGUCAGACCUUACCUCCAUAGACUUUUCCAUUGUCUGACCUUACCUCCAUAGACUUUUCCAUUGUCUGACCUUACCUCCAUAGACUUUUCCAUUGUCAGACCUUACCUCCAUAGACUUUUCCAUUGUCUGACCUUACCUCCAUAGACUUUUCCAUUGUCAGACCUUACCUCCAUAGACUUUUCCAUUGUCUGACCUUAGCUCCAUAGACUUUUCCAUUGUCUGACCUUACCUCCAUAGACUUUUCCAUUGUCAGACCUUACCUCCAUAGACUUUUCCAUUGUCAGACCUUACCUCCAUAGACUUUUCCAUUGUCAGACCUUACCUCCAUAGACUUUUCCAUUGUCAGACCUUACCUCCAUAGACUUUUCCAUUGUCAGACCUUACCUCCAUAGACUUUUCCAUUGUCUGACCUUACCUCCAUAGACUUUUCCAUUGUCAGACCUUACCUCCAUAGACUUUUCCAUUGUCAGACCUUACCUCCAUAGACUUUUCCAUUGUCAGACCUUACCUCCAUAGACUUUUCCAUUGUCAGACCUUAGCUCCAUAGACUUUUCCAUUGUCAGACCUUACCUCCAUAGACUUUUCCAUUGUCAGACCUUAGCUCAUAACAAUAUCAAUAGCUUUCUAGACUUUUCAUUUAUUUGACCUUUUUUUCCUAGAUAAUUAUCAUCCUUAGGUCCAUCUUGUUUCAUCAUACUCAAUAGUUUAGAAUAUUGUAAUAUAUAUACCAAAGAUAUGAUUUUAUCAAAAACUGUCUGAAGAGAAUUUGUAGGUUAAUUAUAUACCCAGUAGAGCCGUUGUAAGUGGGAAGCCACAGUUUCUCCACAUCGAAUCCAUGACUGUCAUUAUACAUGUUUUUGUAUACUCAAGUGAUCAAGUAAUUCUUAAAUUAAUGAUUCAAAUAAUCUUUUUAUUAUGAGUCUUUGUUGCUUGUUACUAACACACAGACCUCCAUAGUUUUCCCUAUAUCAUAACAUAAUGUUCUGCCUUCAAAUGUAUGAAGAUGGUUAUUUGUCAAUGUUAAAAGAUCAGAGGUAUGGGGAGCAGGGAUAUUAAUGUCUUUCAUUUUCUAGUUGUUUUUUAUUCAGAUAUAUAUUUAUGUAUAAAAUUUAGAUGUUGAAAACUUACCCAUUUCAAAGUUAACAUAUUAAAUUCUAUGUUUAACCAGUCUAUUCAAUAAAUUAUGUACACUGUACAGAAAUAUUGGGUUUGUACCAUGCUUGUUGAAUUUGAAACAUCUUAUGUACUGAUACAUAAUCAGGUCAAAUUUGUUAAAACCUGUAACCGACUUCUUCAGGAAUAUAUAUGA